AUGGACGCCGGCGUCAGCACGACCCCUCACCAAAGUGAUCCCGCCGAUAAUGAGAUUUCGGAGCGGCUCUCAUCUCUGUCCCUCACUGCCGGCGAGCAACAGCCGAUUCCAGAGAAAGACCCCACAAUAAUUGCUAGGAAGUAUCAGAUUGACCUUUGCAAGAAGGCCUUGGAUGAGAAUGUUGUUGUCUAUUUGGAGACAGGUUGUGGAAAAACCCAUAUUGCGGUUUUACUUAUUUAUGAGAUGCGACACCUAAUUAAGAGGCCUCAAAAGAACUUGUGCAUUUUUCUUGCUCCAACAGUUGCUCUGGUUCAACAGCAAGCCAAGGUCCUCGAAAAUUCUCUUGAUCUUAAUGUUGGGACCUAUUGUGGAAGUUCAACUCAUUUCAAGAGCCGCCAUGACUGGGAAAAAGAAAUUGAGGAACAUGAGGUCCUUGUUAUGACCCCUCAGAUAAUGCUACAUAGCCUGUCACACUGUUUUAUCAAGAUUGAACUGGUUGCCCUUCUGAUAUUUGAUGAAUGUCAUUAUGCACAACUUGAAAGCAGCCAUCCUUAUGCUGAAAUUAUGAAAAUAUUUUACAACAUGGAUGCAUCCAGACUUCCCCGUAUUUUUGGCAUGACUGCAUCUCCAAAAUUAGGAAAAGGUGGCUCGAUUGAUGGUCUAGAGGCAUUGUUGCGAGCAAAGGUCUAUUCCGUUGAAGAUAAGGAUGAACUUGAAAAAUUUGUUACAUCUCCAAAAGUAAAUAUAUACUAUUAUAGUUCAACUGGAAAUGGCUGUUCUUCCCCGCUCAUGAGUUAUAGUAGGAAACUUGAGGAGAUAAAGCACCAGUCUAUUUCGGCGCUUCGGAUGAACUCAGUUGAUCAGAGUGCUGUCAGAAACACCAAAAAGUCGCUUCAAAAGCUGCAUUGUAAUUUGAUGUUUUGUUUAGAAAACCUUGGACUAUGGGGUGCUUUACAGGCCAGCAACAUCUGUUUAAAGGGUGAUCAUUAUGAGAAUACUGAGCUGGCGGAUGCAGAAGAGAGUUCGAGUGAUGGCAACCUAUGCAAAAAUUAUUUGCAUCAUGUUACCUCAGUCCUUGCUUCUAAUUGUGGUGAAGACGGCAUUGGAGCUGAUAUGUCCUGCAUAGAAGUUUUGAAGGAGCCCUAUUUUUCAAGAAAGCUUUUACGGCUUAUUGGAAUUCUUUCCAGCUUUAGGGGCCAGCCUAAUAUGAAAUGCAUAGUUUUUGUAAAUAGGAUUGUUACUGCAAGAUCACUCUCAUAUAUACUUCGAAAUCUGAAGUUUUUAUCGUGUUGGAAGUGUGGAUUCCUCGUGGGAGUUCAUUCUGGACUUAUGUCACGUAAAAAUACAGACAUCAUCCUUGGAAAGUUCCGUUCCGGUGAGCUUAAUCUGUUAGUUGCAACAAAAGUGGGUGAAGAGGGACUUGAUAUUCAGACAUGUUGCCUUGUAAUACGGUUUGAUCUUCCAGAAACAGUUGCAAGUUUCAUUCAAUCUAGAGGCCGUGCCCGUAUGCUCCAGUCUGAAUAUGCGUUUCUGGUGGACAGAGACAAUCCAAGGGAACUCAGUUUGAUUGAACAUUUUAAAAAAGACGAAGCCCAAAUGAAUGAAGAAAUUUAUUUCAGAACUUCCCAUGUGCCGAUAUCUUAUUUUGAGGAGAAAACCUAUAAAGUGGAUGCUACUGGGGCAACUAUUAGUUCAGUAUUGAGUAUCUCAUUGCUGCAUCGCUAUUGCUCAAAACUUCCACAUGAUGAGUAUUUCAAUCCAAAGCCCCAGUUCUUCUACUAUGAUGAUGCAGAUGGAAUGGUCUGCAACAUAAUUCUUCCAGCCAAUGCUCCAAUUCAUCAAAUUGCCAGCACACCACAACCAUCAACAGAGGCAGCUAAAAAAGAUGCCUGUCUUAAAGCAUGCAAGGCAUUACAUGAAAUUGGAGCAUUGACUGAUUAUCUAUUGCCAGAGCAAGAUGAGAAGUAUGAGGAACAAACUGUGGAUUCAUAUGAUUCCGAUGACAUGAAUGAGGAGGACUCACGAGCUGUACUAUAUAAGAUGCUUGUUCCUUCUGCUCUUAGGAAACCUUGGACAAAAGAGGGAGAGUCCACUAGUUUUAGUUCUUACUUCGUCAAGUUUUGUCCAAAUCCAGCUGAUAGGACAUACAGAAGGUUUGGUCUUUUCGUGAAGGAACCACUCCCAGAAGAGGCUGCAAAAAUGAAAGUGGAUCUUUGUUUGGCUCGUGGUAGAAUGGUGAUGACACAACUAAUUUCAUCUGGCAUUGCUAUGUUUGAUAAGGAUGAGAUUGCCGCAGCCGAAAUGUUCCAGGAACUCUUUCUCAAAAUUAUUGUUGAUCGACAUAAACUUACACAGGAAUAUGUUGUACUUGAGAAUAAUGAUGUGUACGAGUCAAGCUCAUCGACCUUCUACCUCUUACUUCCAGUUAUUCUGCAUGAACAUGACAAAAUCUCUGUAGAUUGGACACUAGUCAGGAGAUGUUUGUCAUCUCCCAUUUUUCGGAACCCAAGUCCUACUUUGGCUAGUGAAACUCUGCAGCUUAACUAUCAUUUGCAUCUAGCCAAUGGUCGUGAAAAUAUAGAUGAUGUUGAGAACAGUUUGGUGUAUGUACCCUGCAAAGAUACAUUUUUCUUUAUUUGUGAUAUAGUUCGAGACAAAAGUGGGCAUAGCUUAUAUAAUGAUUCAAAAAGUCAUGUGGAGCACUACGCUGAAGCGUUUAAUGUUCAUCUGGCAUACCCUGAUCAACCCCUUUUGAAAGCCAAACAACUUUUUGUUUUGGACAACUUACUGCGGAAGAGAAAACACUCAGAAGAAUGGCGAGAAAAAGAGGAACACUUCAUUGAAUUACCUCCUGAGAUUUGCCAGUUGAAAGUCAUUGGCUUCUCGAAAGAUAUUGGAAGUUCAUUAUCUCUGUUACCAUCAAUCAUGCAUAGGCUUGAAAGCUUUCUCGUGGCCAUUGAACUGAAGGACAAAUUUGUUGCUUCAUUCUGUGAGGGAGCUGAAGUUACUGCUGAACGUAUUCUUGAAGCACUUACCACAGAAAGAUGCGGCGAACACUUUUCGCUUGAAAGGCUUGAAGUGCUUGGAGAUGCAUUUCUCAAAUUUGCAGUUGGUAGGCAUCUUUUCCUUAAGCAUGAUGCUUUAGAUGAGGGGCAGUUAACUAAUAAGCGUUCCAACAUUGUCAACAAUUCAAAUUUGGUCAAAUUGGCGACAAGGAGCAAUUUACAGGUAUAUAUUCGCGAUCAGUCAUUUGAGGCCGAUCAAUUCUUUGCUUUUGGCCGCCGUUGUCCUUUUAGUUGCAAUAACGAGAAUGAGGAAAGAAUUCAUUCUCGACAUGAUAACAAUAGGAAUGGAGCAAAUGGAGAAAUUAGAUGCAACAAAUGUCAUCACUGGUUAUUCAAAAAGACCAUUGCAGAUGUUGUUGAGGCACUUAUUGGAGCUUUUAUAGUUGAUAGCGGCUUCAGAGCAGCAAUUUCAUUUCUUAAUUGGAUCAACAUAAAAGUUGAUAUUACUAGUUCUCAAAUUCAGCAUAUAUGCUCUGCCAGCGACGCGUUUUUGCCGCUUUCUGAUCAGAUUAAUGUUAGUGCCCUUGAGACUGUGCUGGGUUACAAGUUUUCCCAUAAAGGAUUGCUCAUUCAGGCCUUUGUUCAUCCAUCUUUCAACAAUCAUAUGGGAGGAUGUUACCAGAGACUUGAAUUUCUUGGAGAUGCUGUGUUAGAUUACUUGAUCACGUCCUAUAUGUUUUCGGUGUACCCAAAGUUAAGACCUGGCCAUUUGACGGAUUUGAGAUCAGUAGCCGUUAACAACAUUUCAUUUGCUGAUGUGGCUGGACGAAGGUCCUUUCACAAGUUUAUUAUUUGCGAUUCUGAUGUUCUCCGGGAAACAAUGACUUCAUAUGUGAGCAGCCUUGGAAACUCAGAACCACUGAAAAGGCAUAUCGAUGAGAUAAUUUGUCCAAAGGCACUUGGUGACAUAGUGGAGUCUUGUAUGGGCGCCGUAUAUCUUGACUCUGGAUUUGAUUUGAAGCUUGUCUGGAAAAUAAUGCUGUUCCUUAUGGAUCCUAUUAUUAGUUUCUCAAAGCUGCAUUUUAAUCCGCUUAGGGAACUUCGCGAACUUUGCCAAUCCUAUAAUUGGGAGGUGAAGCUUUCUUCAUUAAAGAGAGAUGGCAAGUUCAAAGUUGAAGGUAAAGUCGAUGAGGAAAAUGUUUCAGCAGUGGCUUCAGCUACCAACUACAGCAGCAAAGUUGCUAAAAGAAUGGUGGCAAGGCAUCUGUUGGGAACUUUGAAGGCACAAGGUUACAAGUCCAAAUCACCAUCAUUGGAGGAAGUGCUUGAAAAGAGUGAAAAGAGGAUAGCGAAAUUAAUUGGAUAUGAUGAGACAUCAUCCAAAGAAACUGCUCAUUCUGGUGCGCUGAAAGUGCUUGGAAAACCUCGAAACGAUUGUGAUGCAAAAGUGUAUCCUCUUAAUGAGAUACACACUGCAAGUAAAUCUCGAAUGAUUUCCACUAAAAUAAUGGAGUGUCCUUUUCUAGCCGAGUCUUCAGGAUUUCGUGCUAAACAGCCCCUUCGAAUUAAGGAUUGCAAAAUUAAUUCACCUGCUGUCCACCCAAAUAAUGAUAGUAAUCACAUUCCAAAUGGAACAACAGGUAAUCCCGGCUUUAUAUCGGCAAAAUCGCGUUUAUAUGAAAUAUGUGCCGCUAACUGCUGGAAACCACCCACUUUUGAAUGCUGCGUGGAGAGUGGACCGAGCCACUUGAAAGAAUUUGUUUUCAAGAUCAUGUUGGAAAUAGAAGAAAUACCAAACCAUUUAUUCGAGUUCUAUGGAGAGCCUCGAAUGAGGAAGAAGGAUGCGGCUGAGCAUGCAGCAAAAGGGGCGCUUUGGUUCUUGAAACAUGAAGGGUACAUAAAGGGAAAAAAGGAGUGA